GUUUUCAUUCACUGAAACAACUCGUGAUCUUUCAACAAUUGCGGUACUAUAUUUUGAUUAUGCUUCAGUGUAUUGAUAGCCAGAAGGUUUCUGCUGAUGUCGAUAUGGAAGCUCGAAGUACUCACUAUACUCUAUCUCACUUAGUAGGUGUUCCAGAUAUCAUAUCAGAGGCGUCUAAUUCUGAUGGGACUUCCCAGACGUCUGCCCGAACACUAACAAGGACUCGAUGUAAAAAGCCCGGAAGUGAAUCCAGUUUUGUUUCUGGUCUGCCAAAAACAAAACCAGCAUCUCAAACAAGGAAAUCUUUGAGAUCAAGAGUUUUAUCGAACAGAGGUCGAGGAUUGUUUGGUAACUACAAUAGUAAAGGAACCGCACAAAAAUCACGUUCCCGACGUCAUAUACUUAAAAGAGAGGUAAUUUGUAUAAUAAUUCCUUAGUGUCCAUCAGACACAAAAGUUGGGAAACCCUCCUGCUCUUAUUAGCCUUCGCAGUUGUGUCUAUCAUGAGAAUGUUUGGUAUCAUGUGGGCGAUAUAGUUUCGCUAUUGGAUGUUGAUGGUGAAGUUUUCUAUGCUCAAAUAAGAGGACUGGCUACUGA